AUGCACAUACAGCGAGUUGCGUCAGGUCGUGCCUCGUUUUCCUUCAAUAAUCCUUCAAUUAGUGUAUUUAUAAUGAAGAGUAACCCAGCGCACCUGCAGCGAUUUGUUCGGAAUCUUCAGGACAUUCUAAAGGGUGAUGAUGUUUCAUUGAAGUCUUUAGACAAGGUGAAAACGACGGACUUCAAAGUUCAACCAAAGAAGUUGUGCAUCACAAAGAAAGAGGAUUUAAGAGGAGUUGUUUAUCCAUCGUCCCUAGAGAGCUUAGAGUUGAUUUCACUAGGUAUGGAUAGCGUCGAUAGUCGCUGGUUUUCCUUGCCAACGCUUUACCAAUUGGAUCUGUCACGAAAUCGUCUGGGACAGGCAUCGAAUUUCGUGAAAAUGAAGCUGAUUUCGCGACUAAAUAACUUGCGUGUUCUUUCCUUAGAAGAUAAUCAAAUAGAAACAUUGCCGGUGAGUUCU